AUGGACGACAGUGGCGUCCUUGAAAUCCUGGGGGAAUUGUACUUGACGUUACCUCUUCUGGAGGAGCUCCGUCAGAUGAUCCAUGUGCUGUGGGACAACUUGCUUUUAGAUCUCAGCAAUAAUUGCGUCCGAUCCGGGCGCUUUCCGCUGGAGAGCUCCUGCACGGCCCUGAUGGUUUCGUGGAGAGAGGGCGGGAAGUCGGGAUCGACAUUGGUCUCCACUUGCGGCAGACGGGCGAUUGCGGCGUCGGAGAUGGUGGAGCGGCGGUUGAGGACGCUUCUGAAGUACUCGGCCUAUCGCUUACGAAUUAGUGCCUUCUCGGUGAGUGGGGGUACUGCCGUCGGCGCUGAGAAAAGGUGCAGAAGCUUUGGCUGUGGGACCGUAGACAGCCUUGAUCGCGGAGAAAAAACUCUCCAGUUUGUUGCGAUUCGCGUAAUCUCAGAUCUCCUCGGCCUUGCGAACCUUCCAAGCGUCCUGCAUCUCGCGGAGACGCUGUUGCACAAGUCGACGACUAUGGUAGAGGGUUGCUUUGUUGUCGUCGGCGGGGCAAGUGACGUAAGCUUUGUGCAGCCGGUUCUUCUUGGCAAGCAGGUUGCUGAUGGCGGCGUCGUUGUCAUCAAACCAGUGCUGGUGUUGGCGUUGUAG